ACCAUUCAAACGUUUUAUACAUUUUGUGUGAACUGAAACUCAGAGAGUAAUUUCUGAAAAUACUAGGAAUACAUUCAUAUUCCACAUAACAUUUAAUUGAUGAACAAAAAGAAGAGAGUCUUGAUUAAAUAAGUCAAAAGCGCAAAAGGUUGGGAAGCUUCAGCAGGUCAGGAGUACAAUGUCGCGCGUCUCACCCAAUUUUGAAAUGUACCUCGUGAACCAUCUUCUUUCCCAAGAAGACAUGUUCCGUCUGGGCUACCCGAUGCGACGAAAGCAAUGCAUUUACUUUUCCGAAUUGGGAUUGCGAUGUUACACAAGAUUCAGAAAAAAGAAUUCGUGUGGCAGAUGUGGUCGUGUUUGCUCUUUUAAACAACAAGAAGCCUGCUAUUAUCAUUGUGGAAAGUAUCAAUAUUUUGCAGACAUUGGUAAACGAUUAUACACAUGCUGUAAUGGAAGAAAGAACUCUCCAGGUUGUACUUUUGCCGUAACUCAUGUGCCACAAUGUCCAAAGAGAUUUUCCCACAAUGGCUUCACACCUACCACAACCCGUGCUCGGACACCCUCAGUUUUAGGGCUGGACUGCGAGAUGGUGUAUACUAUUGCAGGGUUAGAAGUAGCUAGAGUGUCUUUAGUGGAUGUGUAUGGAAAUGUGAGGUAUAAUGAAUUCGUGUUACCUGAGCACAGGAUUAUUGAUUACAACAGCAGAUUUUCGGGAAUCACACCCUCUCAUAUGAAAAGAUCUCUACCCUUCCAUGUGGUGCAAAGGCAGCUUCUGAAUAUCAUUCACAGAGAUACAAUUUUAAUAGGUCAUGCUUUAGAAAACGACUUAAGUGGACUGAAAUUGUAUCACUCAUAUGUAAUCGAUACAUCACAAUGCUUCGGACACCCCAGAGGUCGUAAAUCGAGAUAUCCAUUAAAAUUCCUUGUUCAAUCAAAAUUGAGCCGUGACAUUCAAACUAGUGAUCGGGGGCACGAUAGUAUUGAAGAUGCUUUUGUUUGCAUCGAACUGAUGCUGGAUAAAUUUCAACGUGAAUUUGGCGAACCAGCUUUAUGGUAAAUACGCAUUUUCCCGUUUCGAUUACUAUCAAAAAGCCCAUUGUCCAACUGUAAUGUGUGUAUACUAGAUCAGUAUGAACCUAUUUCUUAUUUCGGAUAUGCAAUUAUAUUUCAGCGUCAGUUAUUUACAACAUUAGCCUUCUGUUGCAUUUUUCCACGAGGGAAAAGCUCACUCUGAAUACUGAAAUGCCGUGGACUCCGAAAAUGCAACUAAUGGAGAUGCAGGAAAAUCUUCCUUUUACCACUACAAGUGCAUAACUUCAAAUUUCUUGAUUGCCCCUAUGUACAUAAAUAAAAAAGUUUUUCAAAAUUCUUGUACAGAUAUUAAACAAAAGGCUUGUAUUUAUAUAUGUAUUAUGUAUAAAAUAAAUGUUUUUACUAUAA